AUACGAUACACCGGAUACCGGUAAUUCAAUGGACUAAUUGCACAGCACUGGCUAAUCAUGGAACUAUACUGAUGGUGCUACGAGCACAUGGCGCUCACUGACGUCACGGAUGAAUGUGUACGUGUCGGGAUGCAGUCUAUUCUGAAUAUCCGUGCUACAGAUCUCCAGUGGAGCCAGAUGACCUUGCCUGUGAGGGACGGUGGACUUGGACUGCGAACCACCAAAGCGCUAGUUUUUCCCGCCUUUCUGGCGUCGGCGUUUUCGGUGGUUUCGCUGGUUUCCGAAAUCUACCAGCCUGCGACGGUGGCGUUACUGGAUUCCGUUGUAGAAGAAUUGUCCAAAUGGUCAGAUUGCAAACCACCAUCCGAUGAAAGCAGGAAAUUUCAGUGGGCCUGGGAUCGACCUUCGAUAGACUGUGUCGUGUCAUCCCUGAAAGCGGCUGCUGUAAAUGAAACGGACAAGGCAGUGCUGCUGGCUGCUCUCCAACGUGACUCCGGCGCCUGGUUAAAUGCCCUUCCAGCACCUGCUCUACAUACAUUCUUGCGAGAUGAAGAAGUCAGAGUUGGUGUUGCUCUUCGAUUUGGGCUGCCCGUUGUGGAGGAACACGACUGCGUAAACUGUGGAAGCCGAGUGGAAACAAACGGCCACCACGGUUUGUCUUGUCCUAGCAGCAAAGGCAGAUGGUCGCGACAUGUUGAGCUGAACAAUGAGACGAAACGCGGCUUGGAGCUCGCCGGCUAUCCUGCCAAAGCGAACCGGCUGGAUUGUCUGACAAGGACGGCAAGCGGCCGGAUGGGAUGACUUUGAUUCCUGUGCGCGAAGGAAAGGCCGUGGUAUGGGAUGCAACUUGUUGGGAUACUGUGGCCGUGUCGCAUGUGCAUGCUAGCUCCCUGAAAGCCGGGAGUGUCGCACAACUGGCGGAAAAUUUCAAGCGGCGGA